AUGGCCCCGGUGGAAGUCUGCGCUGGGCUCCAACCUGGAGUCCCCACCGGGAGAGAGCGAGACCGCGCCGCUCAGAGCUACAGCUCCGCGAGCCCGCACCGCUCAGAGCUACAGCUCCGCGAGACCGCGCCGCUCAGAGCUACAGCUCCGCGAGCCCGCGCCGCUCAGAGCUACAGCUCAGCGAGACCGCGCCGCUUAGAGCUACAGCUCCGCGAGACCGCGCCGCUCAGAGCUACAGCUCCGCGAGACCGCGCCGCUAAGAGCUACAGCUCAGCGAGACCGCGCCACUCAGAGCUACAGCUCAGCGAGACCGCGACACUCAGAGCUACAGCUCAGCAAGACCGCGCCGCUAAGAGCUACAGCUCAAGCUACAGCUCCGCGAGACCGCGCCGCUCAGAGCUACAGCUCCGCGAGACCGCGCCGCUAAGAGCUACAGCUCAGCGAGACCGCGCCACUCAGAGCUACAGCUCAGCGAGACCGCGACACUCAGAGCUACAGCUCCGCGAGACCGCGCCGCUUAGAGCUACAGCUCAGCAAGACCGCGCCGCUAAGAGCUACAGCUCAGCGAGACCGCGCCACUCAGAGCUACAGCUACGCGAGACCGCGCCGCUCAGAGCUACAGCUCAGCGAGACCGCGCCGCUCAGAGCUACAGCUCAGCGAGACCGCGCCGCUUAGAGCUACAGCUCCGCGAGACCGCGCCGCUCAGAGCUACAGCUCCGCGAGACCGCGCCGCUAAGAGCUACAGCUCAGCGAGACCGCGCCACUCAGAGCUACAGCUCAGCGAGACCGCGACACUCAGAGCUACAGCUCAGCAAGACCGCGACACUCAGAGCUACAGCUCCGCGAGACCGCGCCGCUCAGAGCUACAGCUCCGCGAGACCGCGCCGCUCAGAGCUACAGCUCCGCAAGACCGCGACACUCAGAGCUACAGCUCCGCGAGACCGCGCCGCUCAGAGCUACAGCUCCGCGAGACCGCGCCGCUCAGAGCUACAGCUCCGCGAGACCGCGCCGCUCAGAGCUACAGCUCCGCGAGACCGCGCCGCUCAGAGCUACAGCUCCGCGAGACCGCGCCGCUCAGAGCUACAGCUCAGCGAGACCGCGCCGCUAAGAGCUACAGCUCCGCGAGACCGCGCCGCUCAGAGCUACAGCUCAGCGAGACCGCGCCGCUCAGAGCUACAGCUCCUCGAGACCGCGCCGCUCAGAGCUACAGCUCAGCGAGACCGCGCCGCUCAGAGCUACAGCUCAGCGAGACCGCGCCGCUUAGAGCUACAGCUCAGCGAGACCGCGCCGCUAAGAGCUACAGCUCAGCGAGACCGCGCCACUCAGAGCUACAGCUCCGCGAGACCGCGCCGCUCAGAGCUACAGCUCAGCGAGACCGCGCCACUCAGAGCUACAGCUCAGCGAGACCGCGCCACUCAGAGCUACAGCUCCGCGAGACCGCGCCGCUCAGAGCUACAGCUCAGCGAGACCGCGCCGCUCAGAGCUACAGCUCCGCGAGACCGCGCCGCUCAGAGCUACAGCUCAGCGAGACCGCGCCGCUCAGAGCUACAGCUCAGCGAGACCGCGCCGCUUAG